AUGGCUCCGCUAUAUACCUACAAUGUCUUCAGCUCCGUUGGCUCUGCCACGGUGGCAGCUCUCCUCGUGGCUUCGCUGCUCUACUGCGUCGGCACAGCAGUAUACAACGUCUUCUUCCACCCGCUGCGCAACUACCCCGGCCCCAAGCUCUGGGCCAUCACCAGAGUCCCCUACACGCGCAUGUACCUGUCGGGCCAGUCGCACAAGAAGAUCCUGCAGCUGCACCAGCGGUACGGCACCGUCGUGCGGGUCGCCCCGGACACGCUGUCCUACAGCCACCCCAACGCGUUCACCGAGAUCCGCGGGCACCGCAAGCACCACCAGGACGAGCACGGCAAGGACCCGAUCCACCAGUUCAUGAACCUGGACAACAUCAUCGGCGCCAACCGCGCCGACCACGCCCGCAUGCGGCGCGUCAUGUCCCACGGCUUCUCGGCGCAGAGCAUGCUCGACCAGCAGCCCAUCAUCAGGUCCUACGUCGACAGGCUGUUCGACAAGCUGCGCGAGAAGGCCGCCGGCGGGGGCGGGCCGGUCAACGUGGUCAACUGGUACAACUACACGACAUUCGACGUGAUCGGGGACCUCGCCUUCGGCGAGCCGUUCGGCUGCCUCGACACCUUCACCUACCACCCCUGGGUCUCCCUCAUCUUCGAGGGCAUCAAGGACAUGGCCUUCUCGACGAGCAUGAAGCGCUACCCGGCGCUCUUCGACGUCCUCAUGUGGUUCGUGCCCCGCGAGGUCAAGGCCAAGUUCGCCCAGCACAAGCAGCUGUCGCGGGAGAAGGUGCAGAAGCGGCUGGCCACCAAGGUGAGCCGGCCGGACUUUAUAGACACGAUGGUCAGGAAGCGAGGUGACUUUCAACUCUCUGAAGAUGAAAUCGCCGCCAAUGCAUCUGUAUUGAUUGUUGCCGGCUCCGAGACGACUGCCACCCUGCUCUCGGCCGCCACUUACUACAUACUCGCGAACCCCGACGCGAUGGCCAAGCUGACUCGAGAGGUCCGGUCUGCAUUUGAGACCGAAGACCAGAUCGACCUGGUCAGCGUCCAGAAGCUGGACUACAUGCUCGCCGUCCUGGACGAGUCCCUGCGCAUGUACCCCCCGGUGCCGGCCAGCGGGCCCCGCAAGAUCGCUCCCGGCGGGGACGUCAUACUCGGGCAGUUUGUCCCCGGUGGCACGGUCGCGGAGAUCUGGCAGUGGCCAAACUAUCACAGCCCGGAGCACUUCACCCAGCCCGACAGCUUCAUCCCCGAGCGGUGGCUCGGCGACCCGCGCUUCGCGAACGACAAGAGGGAGGUCGUCAACCCCUUCUCGGUUGGGCCGCGGAACUGCAUCGGCAAGAACCUGGCCUAUGCCGAGAUGCGGCUCAUCCUGGCGCGUAUGGUGUGGAACUUUGACAUGAAGCUCGCUCCCGACAGCGUGGGCUGGGAUGAGAAGAGCAGGGUGUACAUUCUCUGGCAGAAGGGCCCGCUGAAUGUGUACCUCACUCCGAGGAAGGAAGCGUGA